AUGCGCUCGUUCUCAGGUUGUCAAACGUGCAGAAGCAGAAAACUGAAAUGCGACGAAGCAAAACCGACUUAUUCUGGGGCGACGAAGAAACGGGGUCGGGAUGAGAGUUUUGACUCAAUUGAUGUCCAUGAUGUUUUUGAAGACGACCAUGUGUGGCUGGAGGUUCCAGAUGAUCUUCAGUUUGUUUAUAUUGAGGAUCCUUACGCGGAACAACACGACACGAUAGUUGAUGACGAAGACGUAGAAGAAACUCCUCAACUCCUGACACAUUCAGAGGACUUAUGGGCACCUGAAGAACAGACUUCUUUCAUCGUCGAAGAAGAAACAUACACUACAAAUAUCGAACCAGAACAUUCUCCCGAACCUGUUGAUGAUCCCGUCACUUCAAGAUUGGCAACGCUUCACCUUAUAAAGCAUUAUAAAGAAGGUCCCGGUACCUGGUUCGAUAUAUUCGACACCGGCUGCUAUUUCUCAGGCAAAGUCCCCGUCAAAGCAGCAACCAGCCCCCUCCUCAAAUCAGCCAUUUGCGCCAUCUCUGCAAAACACCUACACAGCCUCAACAAAUCCCAAACAAACCACUCCCGAUGGCGAGAUUACGAUUGGUUUUACGAAUCGGCAAAGCACUACAACGAAGCCAUCCGCCAUCUCAAGAACGCAGUUGACUUGCAAACCUAUGAGAAUGACUUGGGUGAGAAAGAGGAUAUGCUGGCGGCUGUUGCGAUUCUUUGUAUCUACGAGUUGAUGAAUGCGCCUGGGACGGCUUGGAGGGCACAUUUGAGUGCUUUACCGCUGUUUCAACCCGCAGAGGAUACCUUGCAUCCUGCUACGCCGAUAGUGAUUCCGAGAACGGCCAUUCAAGGUCCUAUUUUGUGGAGUUUGGCGCGUCAGGAUCUACUCUGUGCAUUUAUAAGCGAAACGCAGACUCGGCUUGAUCUAAAAGAUGUCCGCCUCUGGCAAAACGCGGGCCUUGCUACAACCGAAGACGGAACUCUAAUGCCCUUCAGUCCGCUCUGCUCAGCGGACAUUCGCACUUCAGCUGAUAUCGAAGAGGACACCAAAAGCAAUGAAUUGACCUGGCUGAUAGGCAAGCUCUCUAAUCAUCUGACGUCGGGGGAUGCCAUAAAUCCAACUGACUAUGCCCUGCCAAUCGGACAACGUCCUACCAUCGGGGUAACUCAAGAGCGGCUCCUCGAGCGCUGGAGAAUGCUGAUGUCAGAGUUUAAGAAGUGGCACGAUAGUCUCCCUGCAACAUUUACUCCCUACGCAAGGACGCCUUACCCAGAAACUGAAAGGUCAUGCUUCAACAUCUUCCAGCAGAUCUGGUACGAACUACCCAUAUGUGCCGCCACGAUACAGAACUACCACAUGGCGAUGAUUCUCCUACUUGUAAACCAGCCACAGGAGUCAACCUUCGUUCGCUCAACGGUCUCAGCGCGUCUAAAGUCUUACAGGCAGAUUCAACAAGAUGUGCAUCGCUACGCGAAGGAGAUAUGCGGUGUUAGUCUGGCGGAUGCAUCGGACCCCGUGAGGGCGAAUUCGGUGCAGGCGUUGUUUGUGGCGGGACAGGUAUUUUAUGAAAAGAGUGAGCAGGAUGCCGUGCUGGAGCUGUUGGGUGAUAUUGAGAGGGAUUUGGGAUGGACGACGAGGUUUCAUAGGGCGAAGUUAAUAGAUGAGUGGCCUAAGGAGGAGGAUUUUAUAAGAUAA